GCGGGACGCGGCGGGGCCGGGAGUGGGACGCGGCGGGAGCGGGACGCGGGGAGCGUGGCGAGAGGCCAUGGGGAAGCUGCUGGCGGUGGCUCUCGUCGGGAUAGCGGCAGCCUUGGUGGCGGAGCGGCUGCUGGCCUUUCGGAACAGACUAAAUGCUUCACGGGAAAUAGCCCCAGUAACCCUCCCGAACUGCCGGCUCAUUAAAAGGAUCGAAACUGGUUCAGAAGACAUUGACAUACUUCCCAAUGGACUGGCUUUUAUCAGCUCCGGUUUGAAAUAUCCAGGAAUAAAGAGCCUUGCACCAGACAAGCCAGGUGAAAUAUUUUUGAUGGAUUUGAAUGAAGACAAUCCCAGAGCAGUGGAACUAAGAAUCAACCGAGGGUUUGAUCUGGCAUCGUUUAACCCUCAUGGAAUCAGCACCUACAUAGACAGAGAUGACACCGUGUACCUCUUUGUUGUGAACCAUCCCCAUCAGAAGAGCACAGUAGAAUUGUUUGAAUUUGUAGAAGAUGAGAAUUCUCUCGUGCACCUGAAAACCAUUCAACAUGACCUUCUGACAAGUGUGAACGAUAUAGUAGCUAUGGGACCAGAUAGCUUCUAUGCUACCAAUGACCACUACUUCUCCGACUUCAUCUUGAUGUUCUUGGAGAUGUUCUUGGGUUUAACUUGGUCAAAUGUUGUUUACUACAGUCCAAAAGAAGUUAAAGAAGUAGCAGCUGGGUUUUAUUCAGCCAAUGGAAUUAACAUUUCACCUGACAGAAAGUACAUCUAUGUUGCAGAUGUACUUGAUCAUAAUGUCCAUGUUAUGGAAAAACAUGCUAAUUGGAAUUUAACCCAUGUGAAGACACUGCAGCUGGACACUCUGGUUGACAACUUGUCUAUUGACCCUCAUACUGGAGACAUCUGGAUAGGAUGCCAUCCCAAUGGGAUGAAGCUGUUCUACAACGAUCCUGAAAAUCUGCCUGCCUCUGAGGUCCUGCGCAUCCAGAACAUCCUCUCGGAGGAGCCUGUGGUGACGCGUGUCUACGCCGACAACGGCUCUGUGCUGCAGGGGAGCUCAGUGGCAUCUGUCUACGAGGGAAAACUGCUCAUCGGCACAGUCUUCCACAGAGCUCUCUACUGUGAGCUAUAGCUUGUCGCGGGUAAGACCUGCUGCAGUGGAAAGGAUUUAAUUCCUUGGGAACUCACUUAGUUUCUGCUAGAUUUGCUAACAACAAGACUGUUCCAAUAAAGCUUUACUAGAGUCAUGGAAAUGUAUUUUAUCCUUCCUCUCCAAAAUGAGAGUUUUAUGCAAUAGUGAAGGAAAUGUAAUUGAAGGUGAGAAAUUAGUUUAUUUGUGUAAUGAGGAGGAACCCAUGUCAGUAGCAAAGGAUAACCUUGAAGUUCAAAUUCAGAGCUGACAUUGAAUUAUCUGUUGUGACUGGAUUUCUGAGUUUGGUUGGGUUUUUUUUUGUUUUGUGGUUUUUUGGUUUUUUUUUUUGGGGGGGGGGAGUUUGUUUCUUUUGGUUUGGUUUUGGUUUUUUUUUUUCCCCCAGAGAAAACUGAUUUUGUAAAGGAGAAUUGCUAACUACCAAUGAGGUGUGCUUUCUUGUUACCGACACCUGGGCUUUCCCAGUGACUGUGCUAAGGGUUCUUCUUCCAAACCUUCCUGUUGGCUUUCCCUAAUGCUUCUGAAAUAGCUGGAAGGAGAAAAAAAUGUAAUUUCAAUCUCCUUUCUUCCCUCUUCCCACUUUAAAGCCAUUUCCUAACGUUACUUCAGUUGAAUAAAUCUGUCUUAGUCCUACUGGGAAAAAAGGUGGGCGUCACUUUGGAGUGGCUUCUUACUAAGUCUUCCAAAGGGAGUUUAAAAAAAGCCUUUUUUUAAAAAAAAAGAGUGGGAAACGACUCCCAGGCACCUUCAGUUAAAAGUGCAUUAGCAAUCACUGUUGUCUGUCACAGCAAAAGGAGCAUUUCUGGGCGCUUUGCCACAGUGACUACCCCCGAGUGUUGGUCAUGCCUGCUCUGUGUUUAACUUCCAGUCUGUACGGAGCCGAUUCCCGCUGUGCUUCUGUACAGCAGGCACCCGCUUCACGUCUAUCCAGCGGCAGUUACUGAUAACAUUGUGCACUGCUAAAAGACCUAUCCAAAUUUGCAUCCGCUGGUGUUUUUAGGAUGGUGUUAGUUAGCAAUCACUUGCAAUAAACUGUAUUGAGUGUCCUUUGAA